AUGUGCCCAGGGCAGUGCCAGGAUGGGCUUGGUGCCAUAAAGGAGCUGAGUGUAUGGAGAAGGGCACUACACAGUAAGGACACAGCAGGGUGCAGCAAAUGCGCCUCAGUCAUGCAUACAUCAUCGUGUACUCGUCAGGCUGAAAAUAUUCCAAUAAUCCUUGUUGGAAACAAGACAGACCUUGUCCGCAGCAGAGAAGUUUCUGUGGAAGAAGGUCGAGCAUGCGCUGUGGUGUUUGACUGUUAGUUCAUCGAGACCUCUGCUGUCCUACAACACAAUGUCAAAUAAUUAUUUGAGGGGAUGGUGCGCUAGAUCAGACUACGUAGAGAGGGUGCAGCCGCAUCUGAAAGCUUUCGCUUGAGGAGCCAACGCAAGGAGAGUCUGACCAAGAAGGCACGAGGGUUUUUGGACCAGCUGGUGACCAGAAACAGUAAGUCAUCUUUGAAGGUCCACUCCCGAACCUGCCAUGACCUGUCUGUGCUCUGACAAGUUCCACAGUGAAAAUAUAACACCCAGAAUGAGCUCAGACACAGGUAUCAGCUAACUGCCCUUCACCUGAACCAUGCAGAAGAUAAUGGACACUGAUUGGACACUUACAACUUAAGACGUCAAACUCCGCCUGCACUGGCUAGACAGCUAGCAUGAAGGACACUUAUCACUCAUAAACUGAUUAUUUGUGCAGUAAUUGGAAAGCCCCCACACCAAUACCAACAUGAAGGCUGCAACAGAGCCCAUCAGAACAUACACCUUUCUAACAUCAACCCAAUACCUUUGUUGCACCAAACUUCCAUUUUUUGUAUUGCUGUAUUUUUCAGUAAAUAGAAUGAAAUGUCUGGUGAUAAAUUCUGCCAUUUCCGACUCUGAGAGAAUGUAGAAAGUCAGGAACGCUCCCUCCCCCUACAAGGUUUUAUGGAACUAUGCCGAGCGCCCACUAAAUCCAACGCUGAGCAAACAGUGGAAAAUCUGAGCACAAUGUUUAUGGAGGAAGGCUGAGAGAGGCUGCACGGAGAUAUGGGGGAAUAAAUGGAUAAGAAUAAACCUCAUGAUCAUUCUAAACUCUUUGGUACUGAUAUAUAAUUGUAUCACCCUCCCCUUUUCACACUAACACCCAACUGCGUCUCACUCUUAAGAAUUAACCCUAAUACCGUAUGUUGCACCCCUGUUGAGAUAUAAGGCGUCUCCCUCUCCUAACCCUCCAUUGGCCAGUCUCACCCUGCACUGGGCACUUUAUUAUCCUUGGGACUAACUGGCACCCCCAGAGUGCUGCAUAGAUACCACAAAACAUCUGCUGAGAUUGUGUUGUACAUAUGAAAUGCUCUGACCCACUUAGUACUGUGUCAUCAGAUUAGUGCCCCCCCAUUACCUGCAAAUUAACUGCAUUGCUGCCCCAGUACAGUAAGAUCUCCCCAUUACAUGGUUUGGUGCCCCUCCCAUAGUGCUGGGUGUCAGGGGAUCUGGGUUUCAUCUCAGUGUUUAAUGAGCCACAGCCUCCAGAUAAAUACAGGCAGUUGUCAGACUCUGCUAUUGAUCCCCAGGGACACAGCAAGG